AUGACCAGCAUGACUCUCGCGGACUUCCGGGUUGGGGAUGCGGAGCUUCUGCGUGAGGGAGGGGACUUGUCGACUGCAAGAGUUACCCCUGUGCAGAACAUGAAGAUUUUGAAAUUUGUUGCGGAUGAUGAAGCUACCCAACACAAAGCCUUCAACUUUAUGUUCGACAACAAGGUUGGAUUAUCCCUCCGUGGUUUUGGUGACUCUGAAACGAGUCACCCAGCAUGGAACUCCUUUAAAAAGGCAAUCAACAAAGCUGGCUUUACCAUAACCAUGAUGAAACUGACCCUUUGCAACUUCGACCAUGGCAGUUACAAGUCAGGUGACAGGCUCGAGGCAAAGAGGGAUGUGUUUGAGCGGUUCCUAUCCUUCAAGGGCGAAGCUUACUUUGAGUCAUUCCAAGAAUCCGCAAAAAACAAAUCUUGGUUUGGCUACAAUGCUGCACUCAGAGACCUCCUUUACGACUGGACGAUUCAACAGCAAGCUCUCUUGGCGCUUCAGCAUGUGGUGGAGAGGGAGAAAGAGAAUGACCAGCCGCAGGAAGAAGACAAGCACAUGCACACAGGAGAGUCAGAAGAGGAAGAACCUCAAGAACCCAGAAACCGCACUGAGUUUUACCGCCUCUUUAACCAGAAGGGGCCCACUGUGAUGGUUGCGGGGUUUAUGGCUGACAAGUCCGUGAAAUUGAUUGCACACAUCAUCGUCGACAUCACCUACCCCUUAGAAAACAGUUACUAUGACACGCUGGACAGAGUUUCUAGGGGUUGGGUUGCUCAGGCUAAAUGGGUGAGCGGCAGAGCUGUAGGCGAGUGGCUGCGCACUGUUACAGGUAUCCUGAGCGUUUUGGAAUCUGACCAGCUGCAUGACCAUUUGGAGCUGUCACCCAACAUGAGGCUGGCAAACAUUCCCGCUGAGGAUGAUUGGCCUGUUUGGGCACUUCAGGAAAAGGAUGUUCUGGGUCAGGCUUUCGACUUCGCAGUUGCCCUGGCAGAAAACUGGUUGUGGGCAAACAUACACUUCUGGUUUGAAUUUCCGUCACUUGUUGCGUCUCUCUUACAUGAUGAUGAGAUGAUUGUAGAUAUGGCUUGGGAGCACAUGCAAACUUUAGCAAAGGCAGUCAACACAGCAGAAAAGGUUCAAAGGGCAUCAGUGAAGCAGCUCAUGUCUGAUUUGGGCUGGCACAGGGAGCAGCUCGCUAGAGAGGCUAUGGCGCUGACUUUGCAAGGUCAAAAGCAAGAACUGGUCAGUUUGGCAAAGAGGCUGUUUAUGGGAACGCCAUCCACAAAAGAUGUGUUAGAGAAUGCUUUUGCGUUCUUGCACAGGAAGGACUACCUGGUGCUUUGCCCGCCAGUAUCGAUGUCACAGCCCUUAGCCAGAGACCUGUGCUGGGUAGUCAACUAUGAGAUUGACGGGGAGUGGAAGUAUGUUCCUGUGCAGCGGUUGGUCAGAGGUAGGUUGGGAAGUCUCAAGGAUAAAGAACGUUCAGUCCUUGAGAUGGUUGCCCAGCUUGAUGAGGAAAACAGAGAGGCCCCUGAAUUUCAGAGGGUAAUCAAGUUAGCCAAAGCCCGUUUGAAGGAACAAGAAAAACGAGAAGUUGAGACUUCAACCAGAAAGUUGGUGGAAGCAGAAAAGAAAAGAAGUGAGCUAGAAGAAAAAGAACGCACUGAGCUUGCUGCUCAGAAGGCUGCUGAAGCAGCAGAGCAGGAGGCAAGGCAUGUGGAGCAUGCCCCAUCCUCCUCUUCUGGAGCAGGCCCUAGGAGACCUAGCGCAACACCUCCUACACUCAAGGAUUUCCUUACCUUUGAGAUGACAGAAGAGAGGAUUUCAAUCAACCGCGAUCCUUCUGCCUACGGAUAUCGAGCGUUUUACCCGGGUGAUGAUCGGCCGCAUUCUGUCUAUGUCAUCGGUGAUUGGGGCGGUGUGCUCUAUGGUGUGGUCACUUAG